UCUCUCUCUCCCUCUCCUUAAUGCAUAUUUGCUUUUAUUUAGUCAAUGUUUAAACCUUAAAUUCCUAAAUAUUUUUUUUGUAAACGUAAUGAGGAUAAUUUUUAAGAAAGAGCAUGGCAAUCUCCUGUUUUUACUUUAUUAGAAAAUAUACGGAACUGUUCCCUUUUCAUUCAAAAGCUUGAUCUUCUUUUUCUGUAUUUCUACAAAAUGGUGUUCUUCCUUCAAUCUACAUCCUGUUUGUUCCUUGUCUUGAAAUGGUUUUUAUUUUCCUUCAUGUAAUUUCCCAACCUAUUGAAACACAAGUGGGUAUUGAUGCAAAUUAUUAGCCAAGCAACGCAAUACAACAGCAUGUCUCAAGAUUCAAAUGCGUCUGAUGAGAUGAAUCAAUUGGAAGGGGAAAAGUGGGAUGAUGGAUCUGACCAUGACGAUGUGACAAAGAUAUAUGUAAUAGGUGGUGGUCGAUGGAUACAGUUCAUCAAGAUUGACUAUGUAAAGUCUGGACAACCAAAAAAUGGAUCGUUCCAUGGAUUCUCGGAUGGAGGCUUCAUGCAGAUGUUUGAAAUUAACCAUCUAAAAAAUGAAUAUCUUGAAUCUGUUGAGGGUUACUACGGCACCAAUGGUGGGUUCAUUGAAGCACUUCAAUUCAAAAACAACUUGAGGGUCUCUGAUAUGAUGGGAUAUACUGUUGGCAACAGAUUUAAACUGGCAAGCCAUGGAAAGAAAGUCAUUGGAUUUCAAGGAUCUGGUAUGUAUAAACUUAUUAAUCUUGAUGCAUAUUUCACUUCGAUCACUCCUACAAGAAUGGAAGCGCAAGGGGGCGGCAAGGGAGGGAAAGAGUGGGAUGAUGGAACUGACCAUGACAGUGUAACAAAGAUUCAAGUACGUAUUAAUCUUAAAGGGAUACAAUACAUAUUAAAUUAUGUGGAUAAGGAUGGACAUCCUGAAAAAGAGCAGACCCAUGGUUCUGAGACGGGUCAAGGUUACAAGCUAGAACCGUUUGAGAUUAAUCAUAUCGACAAGGAAUAUCGGCUAUCUGUUGACGGUUGCUACGAUGAAGAUUCUGGUGUGAUUCAAGCACUUCAGUUCAAAACCAACAUAAAGACUUCAGAAGUCAUGGGCAACGGUGAAAAGGGUACAAAGUUCACACUUGAAUGCACCGGUCAUGAGAUUAUUGGGUUUCAUGGAUCUGCUCAGGAUAACCUAAACUCUCUUGGAGCUUAUAUCACAACCCUUCCUCUAACUAAAUUAGAGUACAUAGGUUCUGGAGGAAGCCUUUGGGAUGAUGGUACUUUCCAGGGUGUAAAAAAGGUGUGCCUUUAUUUUAAUGAUUUUAUUAGGUGUAUCGAGUUCGAAUACGUUAAUGCUGGCAAAGUGGAAACCCGUGUGCACGGGAGAAAGGAAGGCAUGGACUUUGUACUGGAUUAUCCAAAUGAGUAUCUCACGUCUGUGGAGGGGACUUAUAUAGAUAAGCCUGGCUACACGCUGAUAACCUCGUUGACUUUCAAAACAUCUAAAGGAAGAACCUCUCUAAGAAUGGCAAAUGCGUCUAACGGCAAAUUCUUUCUCGAGAGCAAAGGUUGUGCUCUUGUUGGGUUUCAUGGUCUGUCUACGAACUAUUGUCUUUAUGCUCUCGGAGCAUAUUCUUUUCCGAUGACUCCUCUUCCGGAGGUGGAGAAACUAGAUGCACAAGCUGGUGAUGGAGGAGUUCCCCAAGACGAUUGUGGUCUCCAUGGUGUUUGAUCCCGAACGAAACUUCCUCCACCAAGCUUUAUCAUGUUUUUUAGUGUUUUUUUCUUUGUGUUUUUAAAUUAUCAUGUUCUUUAAUGUCUCUUGAUCCUGUACUCUACAUACGUAUUCGACCUUAUGUUGUUUGAAGCAUCAA